CCCUUCUAAAGUGAACGCUGUCUGUAUUUAAGGCGAGGCUCAUAUGGGAAGCAUGAGCAGAGCUGUAGAGAUGAAAUUGCUUCAGAGUUUUUGCUUCUUUCUUCUUCUCUCAGUUGUCGCUCCACUGAGGGAGGUUCCUCCAAGCUCUUGUUCUGCACAGAUUGAGGGCAUCAUCAGCCUGCAGCUGCAGCACAACUCCUCUGGCAUCCGCCUCCCCCUUCACCAUCCUCAUAGCCCCUGCUCCCCGGCUCCCCUCUCCAGCGACCUUCCCUUCUCCGACAUCCUCCACCACGAUUCCACCCGCGUCAACUCUCUCCUCCACCGCGUCACCACCUCCGCCGCCUCCGUCCCUCUCUUCAAGGGCACAGCCCUGGGCGUCGGCAAUUACGUCACCCGCAUCAACGUCGGCACCCCACCAACCACUUACACGGUUGUCACCGACACCGGAAGCUCCCUUUCUUGGCUCCAAUGUCUCCCCUGCAAGCGCUACUGUCACCGCCAACUCGACCCCAUCUUCAACCCGGCCGCCUCAUCCACCUACCGCACCAUCCCGUGCUCCGCCUCUUACUGCUCCACCCUCUCCUCCGCCACCCUCAACCCCUCCGGCUGCGAUAGUUCCGGCACCUGCAUCUACGAAGCCAGCUACGGGGACGCCUCCUUCUCCAUCGGCUACCUAUCACAAGACACCCUCUCGCUCUCCCGUAGCGUCGCAGCCAUCCCCAAUUUCAUCUUCGGAUGCGGCCAAGACAACGAAGGUCUGUAUGGAGAGUCGGCCGGCAUCAUUGGCCUCGCCAAGAACAGCAUUUCUCUCUUCUCUCAACUAAGCCCCAAAUUCGGUAGCUCCUUCUCAUACUGCCUUUCUUCCUCGUCCGCCACCGGCUACCUCUCAUUCGGCAGCUACAAUCCUGGCAAAUUCGUCUUCACACCCAUGGCAAAGAGUUCGGCUGACGAGAGUCUCUAUUCUUUGAAACUGUCGAGUAUCGCAGUGGCGAGGCAGAGCAUCGCGGUAUCCGAAGAAUCACCGUCGAUCAUUGAUUCAGGGACGGUGAUCACGAGGCUGCCGGAGGAGGUCUAUGGUGCGGUGAGUGCAGCGGUGGUGAGGGCGAUCGGGGCGAAGGUGGCUCGGGCUCCGGCGUAUUCGAUAUUGGAUACGUGUUAUAAAGGGAGUGCAGCUGAGGUGCCGACGCCGGAAGUAGCGUUUGUGUUUGGCGGCGGAGCGGUGGUGAGGCUGCCGAGGAGCAAUGUGAUGAUUGAUGUGGAUAGCGGGGUGACGUGUUUGGCGUUUGCGUCGGCUAGAGGGGCGACGAUUAUUGGGAAUUGGCAGCAGAAAACGUUUGAUAUUGUGUAUGAUGUGGGGGAGGGGAGGAUUGGUUUCGCCGCCGGAGGCUGUGGAUGAGAGGCGGCGGUGAUUCCGGCGUUGAAUAUGGGGCUUUUGGGUUGUUUGUUUGAAUAGGCAAUGAUGAUGGGAGAUAUGACAUUGUAAAAUUUAUAGGGAAAUUCCUCUUAAAAUUCUUAAGAGAUGAGUAAUAAUUGUAAUUGAAAUUGUAAUAAGGUGGUUUAUGUUAUUUGAGAACAAGUCUAUCUAUAUUAUUAAUAGAAAAUUAUGCAAUCAUUUUAUUUUGACAAUUUAA